UUAAAGGUUUUCAAAGUAGACAUUAGUUUAUAUAUUAUUAUCUUUAACACAUCCGCUGUAAGAUAUACAAGAUUUAUCACCAUGGUAACAUCUGGCCAUCUGUCACUAUUUUGUGUUGUAACGGUUGGAUUCCUUACAUUAAUAACUAAAGGAAUACGUAUUAUCAGUGAUCCAGAAAACUUAUCAUAUAAUCAACCAUUUAAACUUACAUGUGAAAUCGGCUCCAUAACAGAUGAGAUUAAAUGGUUGUAUUCAACAACAGAAUAUUUUAGAUGUUCCUCGCCGUAUAGCGCUGGUAUAUGUUCUAUUGGUACUUCCGCAGCAGCUAAAGCUGUAAGCUAUGAUGUUAACACUACGGCUGGUACUUCAACUAUUGAAACUAUUGUAACUUCCAGUUCUCAGAAUGUAUUGUGGACCUGCAAGCAUGGAGUUGAUAUGGCUACCUACCAAAUAACCAUUAAAGACAGAGCAUUGGUCAGUACGUUUGAGAUAUCAAGUCAACCAUCGAAAAGUGUCAACGAAGGGACCAACAUAACACUGACCUGUACUCUAACCUCUGCAUCUAAACUACCCGUGAAUAUAUCAAUAUCCAGAUAUCAAUAUGAUAGAGAGAAGACUAUCGGCUACGUCACUAACUCAUCAUCGAGGACAUUAAGUGUUAUUACAACAGCUGAAUGUAGAGAUAACAGCUUCUUCUGUAACACGUCCAAUGAUUAUGGUGCAAUGCAUAGUCAAAUACUAAAUGCCAACGUGAACUGUACAGUUCAAAUAUUAGAAAAUGAAACUAAUGAAGUGGUUAACACUACGAUUGGUUCUGAUGCCACAUUGAAUUUGAAGAUAAUGGGUUAUCCACGUCCAACUUAUACAUGGUACAAGAAAAUAGCCGAAACUGAACGAAAGCUGAAUGGUUAUAGAAUUGAAGAUAUAGAUGGUCCCGCGCUAAAGAUAAAAAACGUCCAUCAAAUCGACGAAGGGGAGUACAAUGUGCGAAUAACUAGCGCUGGGUCAUAUUCUAUCAUCUUUACAUUCAAGCUGAAUGUGUUUCCUGAAAUCUCAGAAAGCCAGCGAUCAGAUGACCUACCGCUAAGUGUUGGUGCAUUGAUAGGUAUUGGUGUAGCUGGUGGUAUAGUUAUCUCCCUUAUUGUGUUCGGUGUUGCCAUGCUGAUCAUACGUUUGAGAAGACCACGAGUGUAUGGCACUGCUACUAAUUACGAUAGAACUACCAAGGAGAAAACUGCAGACGAUUACCAACUCCGGAAUAAACGCAACUCCAAGCGUCCGGUUGAAGAGGACUACGAACAACCGGUUGACAACCAAGAAGUUUAUGAAGCCGUGGAAUAAAUAGAAGUGUCCAAGUGCCCAGUGGUAAAAAUAGCACCGCUUUUAAACUUGUUAUUUUUAUUUUCUUAUAAACCGAUUUUUUUACGAUUUCAUUACGAGGAAAUGAAUUGUUGUAUUCAUGCAGUUUUAAAGACUACGAUUUAUGCUGACUGUUUCUAGGGGCUGUCUCGUUUCUCCAAUGCAGUGAUUCUCAACCAGUGUGCCUAAGUGUGCCCCGAAAUUUUAAACAGCACACUAUGAAAAUACGAAAAAUCACAUGAUCCCAACUGAGUAUUCACUGGUAUUCAUAGCCGUGUUUAGUUUGAAUGAUUCUAUGUGUCUAUGACUAGUUUCUGUCUACGGUUGUAUGCCGUCUGACUUACAUGUUUUGAAAUUUGCAAAAUUCAAAUAUUUUUUCAUAUAUAUUUAGCUAGGUGUGCCGCUAAUUUUUCAUGUGUUCCAAGGUGCAUAAUGUAUGUUUAAAUCAACCUGUCCAUAAUAUCAUAUAAUCGUUGUCAUGUAUGAUUCAUGAUGUGCUGUUGUAGUUCUGCUGUAUAUAUUCCCCGCCACAUUUUUGUAUUACCUGUAAAUAAUUUAAUUAAAUUAACCUGUUCAUGGUAUCAUAUUUCUUGUAUUGGACGUUAAAUUUAGAAUAAAUAACCAAAACAACAACAUUGUAUUACGACAGCGAUUUAAUAAGUGUGCUUUAAGGUGCCUUUUUUUGCAUUUUUACCAAUUUUCAACCCUUUAAGUGUAAAUAAUUGAAUUCAAUCAACCUGCCCAUAAUAUCAUAUUUAUUAUCUAGUGGACGUUAAAUCUGUAAUAAACAAAAUAACAACUGCUUGAUAACUUUGAGAGAAUAUUCUUCGAAAUGUAUAUAUUAUAGUUUAUUUUUACACUAUGUAUUUCUAUAGUGUAUCCCUUUCUAUGUAAAAUUGUCGAAAAUAGAGAGUGAAACUUAGAAUCAUGAGAAGACCUUAAAGUUGGCAUACUUCAACUCUUGUUGUUGUUCCCAUUCUGUUAUUGUCCAUUUAUUAAUAUUCUGCAUGUUGUUACCGUUCUGUUAUUGUUUCAUUUAUUAAUAUUCUGCCUAUUGUUACCGUUCUGUUAUUGUUCAUUUAUUAAUAUUCUGCAUGUUGUUACCGUUCUGUUAUUGUUCAUUUAUUAAUAUUCUGCCUUUUGUUACCGUUCUGUUAUUGUUGAUUAUAUAUUAAUAUUCGUGUUGCUAUUACUGCACUUGUUAAGCACGCUUGGGUAUAAAACAAAGCUUAUUUAGUCUUUGUGUGUAAGAUAGCUGUAUACCGGAUUAAAUCCACUUG